GCAUGGAUUUAGGCCUAGUAUUUUUAGCCAUUUUUGCACUCUUUUAUCCUCCUCUCGGAGCUAAAGGAUUGCCAUCUAAUGGACUCUCCUACGGCUACUACCAAAAAACGUGCCCGCAAGUUGAGAAAAUCGUCAGAGAUUCUAUGAACGCUUUCUCCUCAGCUAAUCCCAACACCACCGCAGCUAUUCUAAGACUCGUGUUUCACGACUGUCAAGUUGGGGGCUGUGAUGGCUCCGUUCUCCUGAAUAUAAAGGACCCACAGCAUCAGGCGGAAAUGGACUCGCCAAAGAAUUUUGGCAUCACGAAUAGAGAGGUGAUAGACGAUAUCAAAUCGAAGAUCGAGACGGCGUGUCCGCAGCGGGUUUCUUGUGCUGACAUUUUGGUGUUGGCGGCGCGUGAUGCCGUGGCCAUUGCCGGCGGACCGACGAUCAAUGUCCCCUUAGGACGCAGAGAUACGACCGUCGCUCAUAGCCGCCAAGAAGCAGACGUUGGGCUCCCCAGGAACGAAGUGAAUCUCACUAAAGCCAUUCAAGUGUUCUCUCAAGAGGUCUCGAUUACCUUGGAAGAAACCGCCGCGAUUCUAGGCGCUCACACACUGGGAGUGACUCACUGUGAUGGUCUGAUGGAGCGAUUGUACCAGAACAGCACAGUCUUACCUCCAGGAAGUGAAGCCGAAUUCGUCAAAUAUUUGAAGAAAGUAUGUCCAGAAGGAGGUCAAGGCCGAUUCACGACAACUUUAAACCUCGAUCCGACUCCUCGUACUUUCGAUAACAAGUACUAUGUAAACGGACUCAACGGCCAUGGACUGAUUGCACUUGAUGCCGAAAUGGCAAGGGACCCCAGAAGUGUUAACAUUUUCAAAAAAUUCGCAAGUGACCAGGAUGCGUUUUUCAAAGUGUUUUCCUCGGCUUUUGUGAAAAUUACUACGUUAGGUGUGCUGACGGGAGAUAAAGGAGUGAUCAGGAAGAAAUGUAGUGUGUUGUAAUUGAUUGGCAUGGAAAUGAAAGUUUACUGUAGUACUGUGUUGAGAAGAUGUUUUUUAGUAAUCGAAUUUUGUAUUAUUAUGUCCUGAAACUUUCUUUCCAAAGUUUAGUUUGCUUCGUCGACAGAAAUUUUGUCAUGUGUUA